CUGGAAGUGAGUGGGUCGGAAACAGUGAAGUUGGAAGACGUGGAGCACGUGAUAUCUUCCAUACAGUGCUUCACUGACCCGAAAUGUGCCCGGGAUCCGGACGUGGUACAAUGCUGGAGAAGUGAGUUGGUAGAUGGUUGCGCCUUAGGUCAACCGCUUCCUAAAGGUUGUUUGAUUAACGGCGGAUGUGUUAAGCAAACAUAA